GUUUUGUUGAAGGGGCACCGAAGAGCGAACACGCACAAAGACGAGUAUGAUCAAGAGCCACGAUGGCGGCGGGUACAAGUUCACCACCGCCGACUUGAUCAAGAUCAUCGAGACUCCGCACGAGAAGAUCGAAGACGUGCUCAAGCAGCAUGGCGGCACCGAAGGCAUCGCGGCAGGCCUCGGCACCAGUCUCACGUACGGACUCGACACAUCCCGAACAGACGACAUCGCCAAGCGGGAGUCUGUGUUCGGCAAAAACUACGUGGCGCCACCCAAGCCCGCGUCCAUCCUCGAGCUGAUGUGGGAAGCGUUCCACGACACCACCAUCAUCGUAUUGUCAUUGUCUGGACUGUUGUCGCUCAUAUUGGGGGCGACCAUGGAGGGCCACUCGGCCGAGUGGAUCGAAGGCGCGUCGAUUCUAUUUGCCGUGCUGCUUGUGACAGGCGUGACGGCAGUCAACAACUGGCAAAAGGAAAAGCAGUUUGCGGCCCUUAACGCUGUCAAGGAAGACGAGAAGAUCAAGGUCAUCCGCAAUGGCGUGCCCAGCGAAGUGUCCAAGUUCCACCUCCUCGUGGGGGACGUCGUGCGCGUCGACUUGGGGGACAUCCUCCCCGCGGACGGACUCAUCUACGACGAAAACGAGAUCAAAAUCGACGAAAGCACGCUCACGGGCGAGUCGGAUUUGCUCAAGAAGACCCGCGUGGAAGCGCCCGUGCUGUUCAGCGGCACAAGGGUCAUGGAGGGGGUCGCUAAGAUGCUCGUCGUGUGCGUGGGGGUGAGCUCUCAGUCGGGUAUUAUCUCGGCGCUGGUGCAAGGCAAGGGCGCCCACGAAGCAAACGACAAGGCCAAGAAGAAGACAAAGGAGAGCGCCGUGGGGCCCGUCAACGACGUCGAAGUCAAGAAGAAGGCCGACUCGGACGAAGUGUACGAGCAAGAGACGGAGAGUCCGCUGCAGGGCAAGCUCAACAAGCUCACGUUCAAAAUCGCCAAGGCAGGCACAUCCACGGCCGUGAUUGUGUUUCUUGCCAUGACCAUCCGGUUCUCGAUUGAAACCUUUGGCAAUGGCAAGAAUGAAUGGAAAAAACAGUACGCGACCGACUAUUUGCACUUUUUCAUCACGGCCAUCACGGUGCUCGUGGUGGCCAUCCCCGAAGGCCUGCCGCUCGCGGUCACGAUUUCGCUCGCGUUCUCCGUCAAGAAGAUGCUCCUCGAUAACAACCUCGUCCGGCACUUGGACGCGUGUGAAACCAUGGGCAGCGCCACGACCAUCUGCUCGGACAAAACAGGAACGCUGACUACGAAUCGCAUGACGGUUAUGCAAUGCUGGAUCGGCGGACGCGAAUACAGCGCCGCGACCCAACUGCAAGGGGAGAUCUCCGACAGUCUGCGGGAAGCGUUUGGGCAUGGCGUGGCCCUCAACUCGACGGCGGAAAUUCUACCCCCCAAGACCCCCGGCGGCCAGUUUGAGCACACAGGCAACAAGACCGAGUGUGCGCUGCUCACGUUUUGCAAAGACUUGGGCGUGGACUACAGCAGCGUGCGCAAGGACAACCCGGUGUGCCACAUGCUCACGUUUAGCAGCAAGAAGAAGCGCAUGAGUGUGGUGGCGAGGCGUGGCGUCAACAGCCGCGUGUUCUGCAAGGGCGCCACCGAAGUCGUGUUGGGGCUGUGCAAAAAGGUCAAGCGCCUCGAUGGGUCCGUGGCCGACUUGAGCGACGCCGAGAAGGACGAAAUUGGCCGCGAUAUCAUUGAAAAGUACGCGUCCCAGGGGUACCGCACGCUGUGUCUGGCCAUCCGGGACCUCGACAUCUCCACCGACCAGGUUAAGACGUGGUCAGAUGACGACAUUGAAACGGACUUGACGUGCGUUGCGAUCGUGGGCAUCGAAGACCCCGUCCGCCCCGAAGUGCCCGAAGCCAUCAAGCAGUGCCACCGCGCCGGCAUCGUGGUGCGCAUGGUCACGGGGGACAACAUCACCACGGCCCGCAGCAUCGCCGCCAAGUGCGGGAUCCUCAAGCCCAACGACGGCGCCAUCACGAUGGAAGGACUGGAGUUCCGAACCCGCGUGCUCGACAAGGAGGGCAAGAUCAUCCAGUCUGAAUUUGACAAGAUCUGGCCCAUGCUGCGCGUGCUCGCGCGGUCGUCCCCCAAGGACAAGUACACGCUCGUGACCGGCUUGAAGCAGACGACCCUCGCGCCGUACGGACAGCAAGUGGUCGCCGUCACGGGCGACGGCACCAACGACGCGCCCGCGCUCAAAAAGGCCAACGUCGGGUUCGCGAUGGGGAUCUGCGGGACGGCGGUGGCGAAAGAAGCGUGCGACAUUAUUCUCAUGGACGACAACUUUACGUCGAUCGUGAACGCAGUCAAGUGGGGCCGCAACGUGUACGACUCGAUCUCCAAGUUUUUGCAGUUUCAGCUCACCGUCAACUUGGUCGCGAUCACGCUGGCGGUGCUGGGUGCCGUGGCCAUCGAGGAGAGUCCGCUCAGCGCCGUGCAGCUUCUAUGGGUCAACUUGAUCAUGGACACGUUCGCAUCGCUCGCCCUGGCGACGGAGAAACCGACCCAGGCCUUGUUGGAGCGCAAGCCGUACCCGCGCACGCAACCGCUGCUGAGCGCGAUGAUGAUGAAGCACUUGGUGGGACAGGCAGUGUUCCAGCUUGUGGUGCUGGUUGUGCUGCUAUUUGUGGGCGAAAAAAUCUUUGACGUCGACAGCGGGCGGCUGGCAGACAAGGCGCCCGAGAACAAGAGCGACUCGUCCGUGCACUACACGAUCAUCUUCAACACGUUCGUGUUCAUGCAGCUCUUCAACGAGCUCAACUGCCGCAAGAUCCACGACGAGAUCAACAUCUUUGAGGGGCUGCUGGAAAGUGCUAUCUUCUUCAACAUUUCCAUCUUCCAAGUGGUGUGCCAAGUGAUCAUCGUCGAGUUCGGCGGGCGGCCGUUCUCGUGUCUGAGCUUGAACGUGGCGCAGUGGAUGUUCUGCAUUGGGGUCGGCGCCCUCUCGCUCCCCCUCGGGCUGCUCCUCCGCCUCUCGCCCACUCCCGCAUGGCUCGAGCGAAAAGGCACCCAAUAAGGCAAAUCACCCUGCAUAACAUCUAACAUAUAUACAUGUACAUUCAUGCAUUUCUACCCUCCUGUAACAACCAC